AUAGACCAUAGAAAUGUAUUACAUCUAUCUGGUUUACUACAUUCAUACAGAGGACAUGUCCAAGAGUGUCCGUCACAAUGUCUGAGGGUUACAGGUAGGCCGCUGUAUAGGUGAUGACAUCGCCGCGGUGUGAUGGCUGCAUUAUGACAUCACAUGCUUCUUGCCUAUAUACCCAGGUGCUUGGCCAGAACCUUUACCUUCACAUGCUGCAGUCCUGCACUGACACAUGUGAGCGCUUCUAGACAGUUUUCGGAUUGUUUUAGAUAUUUAUUUUUGCCGUAUUUGACGCAAAAUGAAAAGACUUAGAGAGGAGGAAGAGGAGGAAAGAGGAGAGGAGAGAGAGGGGAGUGGAGAAGGAAAGGAGGCCAAGAAGGUCAAGAGGGAGAAUAUUGGACUCACCGCUGUGAGGAGAAGGAAGACCUGGCCCUUAUCCUUCAUGGGAAGGAACAAUGAAUGUGACCUCCCAGGACCAAGUAACAUUAACCUAAUGGACAAGACAUCAGGGUCUUGUGACAAGGAGAAGUAUAGAGAGGCAAAGGGGGCAGGAGAAGAGGGGGCUAAGAGAAAGAGGAUAAUAGAGGAGAACUCCCCUUCACGGAAGAAAGUAAAAACAUCUGCUGCCGAAACAUCUGCUUCUGAAACGUCUGGUCAGGAUGUAACAUUUACAUAUGACAAUGACAAACCCGGAGCCCCCCAGGAGGAGGCCAGGACAGCCACCAUUCCUUUGGGCCUAGACUGCUUCACAUUCCAUCAUAAACUAGGAGAAGGCGCCUUUGGGCAAGUCAUAUUGGCAAAAGACAUUAUUCGCCAAGAGCAUGUGGCCAUUAAAAAAGGUGAAAAACAAUAUUUCGUGAAAUGGAAGGAAGAUUUCAUAGAGCGGGAUAUACUCCGCAUGACACAUGAGUGUCGCUUUCUAAUACACGGACUUGCUGCAUUUCAUAGUCUAAACCAUGUAUAUUAUGUCAUGGAACUGGCCGGUGGUGGGGACCUUACUGCAUUUAUCAACAAGCAAUUCCCACUAGAGUCAGACACAGUAAGGUUUAUAGCAGCAGAACUCGUGUGUGGAAUCCAAUUCCUCCAUGGAAAAAACAUAAUUCACAGGGACCUUAAACCAGACAAUAUCCUCAUAACAUCAGACGGACACGUAAAGAUCUCGGAUUUUGGACUUUCUAUAAUAGCACCUUCAGGAAGAGCUAGAGGGGUUUGCGGUACCCCAGCAUAUACUGCACCAGAAGUCACCAGGUCGAAGAGCUAUGGACCAGGGGUUGACUGGUUUUCGUUUGGCGUUAUCCUCUACAAAAUGGUCACUAAAAGACUCCCUUCUCUUAGGAACACAAAGUUGAUAUCAUACCCAAAAUCUCCGGGCCCUGAAACAGCUGAUGUCAUCAAACGUCUGCUCUGUAUAAACCCGAGUGAACGUCUGGGAGUGACCGGGAGGAUACAGAAACAUCCCUUCUUUUCCAACAUCAACUGGAGAGACAUAGAAGCCGGACAAGUGACGCCCCCUAAGGUACUGGGGACUAUAUCUAAGAAUACGAAGAUCAGAAACACCAUCCCUGCUCCCUGUUCUUACUUCCGCAUCUUCAAUAUAAAGGCUGAUGACCAAAGCCUUUUUACAGACUUCAGCUUCGUGAGUCCAAAGUGGUCAGAGAACUACCAUGUCAACCCAAACCCCCCCAUGUAUCCAGACACCUGGCUCAAAAGGGUCUUCCCAUCCAUGUGCACAGUAAGCUGAAGACACCAAAAACAUCUCAGGUGUUACUCAGCUUUGUAACACUAUAGCACUGACUGUGUAUGUGAGACCUGAACUCCGAGAAUCUAAAGAUUGUCCGUCCUUGUUUAUUGCUUGCAUCAUUAGUAUAUUA